CCUGACAGCCUCAUCUCCUCGUGGCCAGCGGCUGUCGACCGUGCCAUCUGCCAUCUGCCAUCUGCCAUCUGCCAUCUGCCAUCAACAUGUCCGAACCGGCCCCUCCGUCGCCUCCGCGCCAGGCCCCGCCGUCGUCGUCUACUACUACCGCUAGACAGCCGCCCCCGUCUUCUCACCGCCUGCCCACCGUCUCGGCCUCCGAAGCACUGCUUAGUCUACAGUCGCGCGGACCCCGAUCCAUCUCUACCGGUCUUGAUCAACUCAAUUCUCUCUUGGGCGCCACCAAUGCUGGACUCGGCCGUGGUAAAAUCACCGAGAUUUGGGGGCCAUCUGGCUCCGCCAAAUCUUCUCUUGCAUUGCAAACGGCAACACACGCAUUGAACAAUGGGAGCUCAGUCGUCUGGGUAGACGCGACAACGCCUUUCGCCAUAAAUCGACUGAACCAUUUCCUCGCCGCGAACCCCUCCACACAUGGCCAUGAUUCCGAGAAGGACUCCAGGCUCGACCGCUUCCACGCGUACUCGACCCCUACCGUCGCUCACCUAUUAGCCCUAACCCUACAUCCUCCGCAAUCGUUUCCGCCGCCGGGGACUGCCUUGAUGGUUAUAGACGACCUACACGCCAUCUUCGAGGUAUCCUAUCCACGCAAUCGUGCAAACACUUUUACAAGCCAUAAAUCCGAAGCUGCCAGGUGGGCUGCUGGCCGUCGCUAUGGAAUCAUGGGCACUCUCAUCUCGGCCCUGAAAAAGCUGGCUGCUCUGAAUGACGUGGCCAUUGUGGUGACCACCGGGUGUGCCACGCGUGUACGUCCUCACAGCGGUCUGGGCGCUGUCUUGGUACCUGGCAUGGGAGGUGCUGAAUGGGAGGCUGGUGUAUCAAACAGACUGGUCAUGUUCAGAGAUUUCAAACUCGGAAGCUGGGCACAACAACAGCAAGAUCCGGAAAGCGCGAGGUACGUUGGUUUACAGAAGGUCAAUGGUGUCGCCUUUUCCGACGAAGGUGAAACUGGCCAAGUCGUUCCUUUCGUCGUUGACAAGGACGGCCUCAAGGGCGUCGUAAAUAAGGACUCUACUGCAGGCGCCCCUGUUGUGACACUUGCCGCGUCAUCUCCUGCCAAAGGUCGCAAGCGUCCGUACUCAGACAUUGCCGAUGCAAACACGGCAGAGGGUCGUGAUGAAUACGGCUGGUUGAAUGGAGACGAGGCUGAUGCAGAGGGCCUGGUCGACGAAGCAGCCUUGCUGGAAGACGAUGAAGCCGCCGCAACCACUGCAACCGAAGACGACACGUCCGCAACUAUCGUCAUCGAUGACUGAACAGGACCACCAACACCCAACCGGCAGAUGACUCUGGAUGUCUAGAUGACCUGUCAUCUUGCGGCAAGACGACAUGCCUGCCAGUCAUCCAUCCAUCCACCCUCCUCAAAAGCAAUCUUAUCUGACCGGAUAAAUUCGAGAUCCACCCUCCUACUCCACAGGAAGAAACUCCGGCUAUGAAGGCAUACUAACCACCCCCACGUCGGACGUCCUACGUUCCCUUGGCCCU